AUUGUCAGGGUCCAGCCGCAGUCACACUUCCGCGGCAAGUGGUUUUUUUCGUGCUAAAAUAAGGGAAACUACAGAUUUGAUAAGAAACAUAUUCGAUAUUUGCCAGCAAAGCAAAGUCCUGGUCUAAGUCCGCCGCACUUAGGGAUUGGGAUGCUCCCGCGACCGGUUGGCAACGAACAAGAGCAGCAUAAUCACCGGACACAUUGUGCUCCGAUUCGGUGCAGUCGUGGUGUUUUGCCAUUGGGGCAGAAAAAACAGCAAACGAGAUUAUAAAUAACCACAAUGUGUUGUUCUGGGACCCUGGCGGUGCAUUGUUGCUGAGGGUGGUGGAGGAGGAUGCAAGUGCUGGAUCAUCAUCAGCUCCCGCACAUAGCACUGCUUGCUGCGUACUACCGUCAGAAUUAAUAAAUUGGGUCGAUCGACGUUUCGGGGACAGCUCUCGCACGAAAUUAUUUGUUUGAGAGAGCUAAUUAUGUGCUUGCUGAUUCAAUUAAGUUGCAGCCGAUGAUUUAAAAGUUAAAUCAAGCGAACCACGGGCCCAAAGCGGAGUCAACAAAAGCGGCAAAGAGGCGGACACAACGCAACGCAACGACAGCCAACGAAAUUGUUUCAACAGCACGUUCAAAGUGAAGGUCAACGUCACAACGGAAGGCAACGACAUCGCAGCGCCAAGUCUGGCGGCCGAAAACAAAACCGAAACCCAAAGCGAGCCACCGCCAUCAUUACCAUCACCCUCAAUCGCAGCAGUCUCCGCUGCCGCUACAAGCUAGCGGAUCUUAGCCCGGAGCACCAUGACUCGCUCGGCCAUGUCCAUCGCCCCCGCCCUUGCCCAGGGCCAGCGGCUGCUGCUACUCACCUUUGGGGGUGCGCUAUUCAUCCUGGUAGCCUGCGUCCUUGGAACUGAGACCUCCAUGCCCACGCAGAACAUGUCCCACAAAGAGCGGGCGGAACUGAGGGAAGAAGCGCGGGACAUGUUCUACCACGCAUAUCAUGCCUAUAUGGAGAACGCUUACCCCGCCGACGAGCUAAUGCCACUGUCCUGCAAGGGACGCUAUCGCGGAGUGACGCCCUCUCGUGGCGACAUGGACGACAUCCUUGGAAAUUUCUCCAUGACCCUGGUUGACACUCUGGACACUCUGGUGCUGCUGGGCGACUUUACGGAGUUCGAGCACGCUGUGAAGCUGGUCAUCCGCGAUGUUCAGUUCGACAGCGAUAUAAUCGUGUCCGUUUUCGAGACGAACAUUCGUAUGGUCGGCGGCUUGCUGUCAGCCCACAUCCUGGCCGAGUAUCUGCAGAAGCAUGCGGACGUGAUGCACUGGUACAAGGGCGAGUUGCUGGAGAUGACCCGCGAGCUGGGAUAUCGUCUAUUACCGGCGUUUAAUACGUCCACAGGCAUUCCGCACGCCAGGGUUAACCUGCGCCUGGGCAUGAAGGAUCCGCAGUUGAAGAAGUCACGGGAGACCUGCACUGCGUGUGCGGGUACAAUCCUGCUGGAGUUCGCUGCCCUGUCGCGAUUGACUGGCGAUCCCAUUUUCGAGCUAAGGGCUCACGCCGCCAUGGAUGCACUGUGGAAACUGAGACAUCGGGGCUCCGACCUCAUGGGAACAGUGCUAAACGUCCACUCUGGGGACUGGGUGCGUCGCGACUCGGGCGUCGGAGCCGGCAUCGACAGCUACUACGAGUACCUGUUCAAGUCCUACGUCCUGUUGGGCGACGACAAGUACCUGGCUCGCUUCAACCGCCACUACAACGCAGUGAUGAAGUACGUCAGUGAGGGGCCCAUGCUGCUGGAUGUGCUCAUGCACAGGCCGCACGCCAAGUCGAAGAACUUCAUGGACUCGUUGUUGGCCUUCUGGCCGGGCCUGCAGGUGCUAUCGGGCGACCUCAAACCGGCCGUGCAGACGCACGAGAUGCUCUAUCAGGUCAUGCAAAUGCACACCUUUAUUCCGGAAGCCUUCACCGUGGACUUUCAAAUUCACUGGGGCCAGCAUCCCCUGCGACCGGAGUUCAUAGAGUCCACGUAUUUCCUAUACCGUGCCACUGGCGACCACCACUAUCUGCAGGUGGGAAAGCGGGCUCUAAAGACGCUCCAGCAGUACGCCAAAGUAUCCUGUGGCUAUGCAGCCGUCAAUGAUGUCCGCACCGGCAAGCACGAGGAUCGUAUGGACUCCUUUGUGCUGUCCGAGACAAUCAAGUACCUGUUCCUGCUUUUCUCGGAUCCACAGGAUCUGAUAAUUAACGUGGACGAGUUCGUCUUUACCACAGAAGCUCACCUGCUGCCCCUUUCCAUUGCCCAACUAGGGAAUUCCACGUUUAGCUUUCGGCAAUCGGACGAGCACAAUGUUCUCGACUUCAUGCGCACCUGCCCCAGUUCCAAUAAGCUUUUUCCUGAGAAAGUACGCAAACCAUUGCGCAACUUCAUUACGGGCUCGUGCCCGCGCAACAACGGCGGAAAGCGACUCAGUGCCCUGGAUUUUCAGGCAAGCAAUGCUGAUCAUCUGCGAGCUGUUUACGACAUGGGCAUCACCAUGGUUUCGGUAGGCGACCGUAGCCAAGGCAAGGUGCGACUGUUUCAUAGUUUCUAUAAUGCCAAGAGCCACGAGGAGGGCGAAAUGGGAUUGCAGUUUAUGCAAGAGAUGCUGGAGCUGACCAAGAUGCAGAGCAUGAAUCAGCUGGCGCAACUGCAGGCGGUGGCCUUCGCUACCGACGAGAAAACGCAGGAUUGGACCGCUUUGAUGGCCGGACCAUCGCAUUUUAGCCCAGAGCUAAUCGGCGAGCAGUUCGUAGAAGGUGAUUUGGUGAUGGCCAAGCCGCUCCGGGCCUGCGAGGAGCAGCUUGAGAAUGUCGAGGAGGCCAGGGGCAAGGUCCUGGUGGCCGAGCGCGGCGAUUGCACUUUCGUGAGCAAGGCGCGCCUGGCCCAAAAGGCGGGUGCCGCUGCGCUAAUUGUCUGUGAUAAUGUGCCGGGUUCUUCCGGCGAGACGCAGCCGAUGUUUGCCAUGUCCGGCGACGGCAACGACGAUGUCCUCAUUCCGGUUGUAUUCAUGUACAGCGUGGAGUUCAACAAGCUGUCAGCCGUGAUGCAGCAGCGACGGAAGCAGACGCUGCGCGUGCGUGUGAUGCAAAUGGUGGAGUUCAAGCGCUGGCAACUGGCCAGGGAGCAGCAACGGAAUCAGACUACGACUGCAACAGCGACGGCGGGAACGACUCGGAAGCCAGAUAAGGAGUUGUAGUGACCCCCAUCCAAGUCAUGGCCAAAAUAGCUAUACAUUUUCAGUAGUGUUGAUAGUAAUUAAACCAAUUUUGAAAUUCUUGUACUUUACUAGAAACGUAAGCCGCGCCCCGUUGACUCUUCUGUUUAGGGAUUCUGCAUUUCGUGGUCGUAGUUCUCAGGCUAGCAGACUAGCUUCCUAGUGGCAAUCUAUUAUGUUUAGAGGGCCACACAACCUGAUUUUACUUGUUCUUGUAAGUAAGUCUUGUGUACAUACAACAUCUUAUAUCUUAGCAAGUAACUAGAAACUAAAUAAAGACUAACUGUAAGAAUACAACUAGUUGGUAACGUACAGAGUCGGGAGAAUAAGCUAAGCCAAUUUGUAGUUGAAAUUGAUUAGAUCAUACAGACAGAACGAGUAUAAAAUAUAUAUUAAAAAACCAAA